AUGGCGGCGGCGCCACCUCAGAAACGCCUAGACCGGCGGCGUUGGCCGCCGCUGACGGUGGUCUUGUGUCUUGUCCUCGCCUUUGGCCAGCUCAUAAGCACCGUCGGAGCCCAAAAUCAAACAGCUAACGCCACCACCGAUCCAAUAGAAGCAACAAUUUUGAACACGAUUUUCGAUCGAUGGGGGAUUUCGGCUUCAAAUGAUUGGAACAUUAGCGGCGAAUUGUAUUUUGUGCCGACCGUGUCGAAUAAUCCUCCAGGCGGGAGCACGAACAGGACGGGUAUGAUUGUUGGGAUUGUUGUCGGGGUUUUAGCUGUAGUUUUCGUUGCUCUAGGCGUGCUAUACGUGUACCGGAAGAGACAAAGGCAGAGAAAUUUUGAGGAUCAAGUGUUAUUGGGGAUUGACACACGACCUUACACCUUCAGUUAUGGCGAACUCAGAGCCGCAACCGAUGACUUCAAUCCUGAUAAUAAACUUGGUGAAGGAGGUUUCGGAACCGUAUACAAGGGAACUCUUGGGGACGGGAGAGUAGUCGCCGUAAAACAGCUGUCGGUGGCAUCACACCAAGGAAAGAGCCAAUUUGUGGCCGAGAUCGCAACUAUAUCCGCCGUGCAACACCGUAACCUAGUCAAAUUGUACGGUUGUUGCAUUGAAGGAGAAAAACGGUUGCUAGUUUACGAGUACCUCGUGAACAAGAGUCUCGAUCAGCUGUUAUUCAGGGAAGGGAGCAAAAGUGUAUUUCUUGACUGGACAACACGUUACGACAUUUGCGUGGGCGUGGCCAGGGGACUCGCCUAUCUUCACGAGGAGUCUCGGUUAAGAAUUGUUCACCGGGACGUAAAAGCUAGCAAUAUUCUUCUAGAUUCUGAUCUCGUCCCGAAAAUCUCCGAUUUUGGGCUGGCGAAAUUGUAUGAUGAUAAGAAAACCCAUAUAAGCACUAGAGUUGCUGGCACAAUUGGGUACCUAGCGCCGGAAUAUGCCAUGCGCGGACAUCUGACUGAGAAGGCCGAUAUAUUUAGCUUUGGAGUUGUGGCUCUUGAGAUCGUGAGCGGAAGGCCGAAUUCCGACUCGAGUUUGCAAGAUGAUAAGAUAUAUCUUCUCGAGUGGGCUUGGAACCUUCACGAGAACAACAAGGAAUUGGACCUAGUCGACCCGACUAUACAACAAUACAAUCCACACGAAGUAAGGAGAAUAAUCGGCAUUGCCCUUCUGUGCACGCAAGCUUCGCCAGCCCUGAGGCCACCGAUGACUCGGGUGGUGGCCAUGCUCUCGGGAGACAUGGAAGUGCCCACGGUAACCACACGGCCGGGUUACCUAACCGAUUGGAAAUUUAACGAUUCCACAACUUUUGUUUCGGGGGUCGAGAGCUCGGAAAUGAAUUCCGACACGAGUCGGGCCAAUAAUAGUGCAAGUGGGUCGGGAUAUUCGCCCGUGGAUCACUCCAAGCCCAUGCUUCAUGAGAUCAUUGGUGAGGGGAGAUGA